AUGUCUUCGUCAGAAGACGAAAUUAUGGAGAUAUCGAACCUGCCAUCAUCAUCAAAUAAUUAUGUUUCGAAAUCAUCCGAAACAGUACCAGUAGAUAAAGCUAUUUCUUUGCCACCGAAAACUACAAAUACAAUAAUUGCUAAAAUAUCAUCACCAUCAGCAUCAAGAAUUAAUAAACGUUAUCAAUCAAAAUUCAAAAAAGAAUGGUUGUCUAACUCUUAUUUUUCUACAUUUUUACGUGAAUGUAAAACCGACCAAACAAAAGCUGUAUGUGUUACUUGUAAUAUACAAUUUUCUAUCCUAAACAGUGGAGUUGGAGAUAUCAAUCAUCAUGUUCAAACCAAGAAACAUCAAGAUCGUACAAAAUCUGCUGAAGCUAAUCCAUCAAAUAGAAUUUAUAGUACAUUUAAUAUUACAACAACUGAACUCAAUAAAUUGUGUGCUGUUGAAGGUGCGAUGGUAUUUCAUACUGUUAAACACUCUCAUAGUUACAUUUCACACGGUUGCACAAUCGAUACAAUUAAAAAAUGUUUUCCUGACUCAUCUACAGUAAAAAAUAUUACUUGUGAUAGAACUAAAGCUCGUGAAAUAGCAUGCAAUGUACUUGCACCAUCUCUUACAGAUUAUAUUGUUGCUGAAUUAAAAAACGUUUCAUCUUUCUCAAUUUGUUAUGAUGCAUCCAAUAAAGGAAAUGCUAAGAUGGUUCCAAUUGUGGUACAGUUCUUUUCAAAAACUGGCGUUAAACAUGGUAUUCUUGAAUUUAUCGAACAAAUGCAUGAAUCAGCUGAUGCUUUAUUUAAAAAUAUAAAAUAUGUUUUGGAAGCGAAUGAAUUAAAAUUGAAUCAAUUAGUUUCACUUGGAUCUGAUAACACCAAUGUCAAUGUUGGCAAUCAUCACAGUGUAUUUGCUUUAUUCGAAAAACUUUUACCUGGAUUAAUAAAAGGAACUUGUUAUUGUCACGUACUACACAAUUCAGUUAAACAUGGACAUGAACAUUUGUUGUUUGAUAUUGAAACAGCAUUGCUGAAAAUAUACUCUCAUUUUUGCAGAUCAUCUCUUCGUUCUCAGCAAUUAACGAACUAUUUUGAAUUUAUUGAUGAAGAACAACAGGUUAUCCUUAAACAUAUUAAAUUGAGAUGGUUAAGUCUUCUACGAUCUAUUGAACGUCUCAUUGGUGUCCAUCCAAUUGUUAAAAGUUAUUUUUUGAAUUUGCAGAGUGGUGAAUGUCCGGAGUUAUUGUUAGAAUUUUUUACAUCACAUAACAGUGAAUGUACGUUAUUCUUUUUAGCAAAUAUUUUACCAGAAGUACAAAAUGCAAAUUUAUUGUUACAACGAAAUUAUACAACUGGUGUUAGUAUACAUGGCAUUAUCACAAAUUUACUUCGUAAAUUACAGAAUCGGUUAAAAGAUGAUUUCUUCGGUUAUAAAGUUGAUGAACUAUUUGAAAAUUGCCCAAUUAAACAAGUUGGUGAUUUGAAACAAUCAUUUAGAUUAUUUAUUCGUUCAGUUAUCGAUUAUAUUGAAAAAUAUUAUAAUAAUUAUAAAUCUUUUUACCGAUCCAUUUCCAUUUUCGAUGAACUUGAUAUUGAAAAAGUCGAAUGGAAAUUUAUUCAACAAUGCUCUACUUUUGUUGCCAAUCAAACAAUUGAUCUCGAUGAUUUAUAUAAUGACUUUACUCAUAUCAAAUCAAAAUAUAUUGAUUUAAAAGAAAGAUUCGGUGGAAUCACUACACAAGUACAAUCAUUUAUUGUUUCGAAUUUGGGUCAAUCGAAAUAUAAUGGAGCAGCAGUUAAAAAUAGAACAAACUUAUGCAAUGAUUGUGAUCUUAAAGAUAAUCUUGAUGAUAGUGACACUAAUGAUGAUAAACCUGAUGCCGAGAUUUACAAAGAUAAGAAAACGAAUAAAUCGAUUCGACCUGAUCAUCUAUGGGCUUAUUUACUUGAUGGUGAACAUGUACCUAAUUUACGAAAAUUGAUUGAGUUUGUAUUUGCUAUUCCUGCCUCGAAUUCUUUUUGUGAAUCAGUUUUCAGUCAUAUGAAUUUUUUAUGGAAUAAUAACAGAAAUAAGAUGAAACAUGAUUUAGUUGGAGCAGAAUUAAAGAUUAAAAUGAAUACCCAUUUAACAUGUACAGAGUUUUAUGACUAUCUUUUAACUAAACCCGAUAUACUCAAAAAAAUUCGAUCGUCAGAAAAAUACAGUCAUAUUGCAAAAGUACCAUGA